AUGAAUCCAUACAUUUUAGCCAUCCUAGUACUUAGCUUGGGUUUAGGAACUGCUCUGACACUGACAAGUUCACAUUGACUGCUCGCCUGAAUAGGACUAGAAAUCAACACCCUAGCCAUUAUUCCAUUAAUAGCGCAAUACCAUCACCCCCGCGCAGUUGAAGCCACCACUAAAUACUUCUUCACUCAGGCCACCGCCGCAGCCAUACUUCUUUUUGCAAGCACUACCAAUGCUUGACUCACCGGACAAUGAGAAAUCCAACAAAUAACACAUCCCUUCCCAACAACUAUAAUUAUUAUAGCCUUGUCAUUAAAAAUUGGUCUUGCCCCCAUGCACUCCUGACUUCCCGAGGUUCUUCAAGGUCUAGACCUCACCACAGGCCUUAUCCUAUCCACUUGACAAAAACUAGGACCCUUCGCACUACUCCUUCAAAUACAAUCUGCACACCCCACUAUUCUCAUCAUCUUGGGUCUCACUUCAACGCUCGUAGGCGGCUGAGGAGGCCUAAACCAAACACAACUCCGAAAAAUCCUAGCCUAUUCUUCAAUCGCUCACCUGGGCUGAAUGAUACUCAUCCUCCAAUUCUCCCCGUCACUUACGCUUCUAACCCUGAUAACAUACCUAGUUAUGACAUUAUCUACAUUCCUUGUUUUUAAACUAAACAAAGCAACAAGCAUCAACAUACUCUCUAUCUCUUGAACUAAGACCCCUACACUUACAGCCCUUGCCCCCCUUAUUCUUCUAUCAUUAGGAGGCCUCCCUCCCUUAACCGGAUUUAUGCCUAAAUGACUUAUCCUUCAAGAACUUGCCAAACAAGAUCUCGCCCUCACAGCGACACUAACCGCACUCACUGCCCUCCUCAGCCUAUUCUUUUAUCUACGCCUAUCUUAUGCAAUAGCCCUUACCCUGUCCCCAAAUAAUGCCACCGGAACCACUCCCUGACGACUACAAAACACACAAACCACCCUACUCCCAGCUCUAUCCACCUCAGCAACACUUCUCCUUCUUCCACUUACACCAGCAACAAUUUCACUACUUUCCCUCUA